ACCUUCGUUUCUAAUUCCCGUGUCGCCUCGUUUCGUCUCCCUUUGCGGCCACGCGAUGGCCUCCAGCCCCUCCCGCCGGCGCCGCCGGAUCCGCCGUGGCGAAGUGGCGGUGUCGUCCCCAGACUGGGCAGAUCUUCCUAUCGACGCGCUGCUGUCCGUGCUCCACAAGCUGGACCCCAUCGAGCUCCUUGUGGGUGGCGCGGGGCGGGUGUGCCGCUCCUGGCGCCGCGCCGCGCGUGAUGAGCCCGUGCUCUGGCGCCGAAUCGACAUGCGCGUCCACAAAGAACAUCCCUGUCGCUAUGGCAUAGCGAAGGAGGCCGUCCGGCGAGGGGCGGGGCGAUGUGAGGCCUUCUGGGGCGAACGCGUUAUCGAUGACGACUUCCUCCUAUUUCUCGCCGAGCGGGCACCAUCCCUCAAGAGCCUUCGCCUCAUAUCUUCAAACCACAUCAGUAACGAAGGUUUCUUGGAGGCAAUUAAUAAGUUUCCUAUGCUUGAGGAGCUUGAGAUUUCGCUUUGUAAAAAUGUUUUCGGAAAGGUCUAUGAGGUUAUUGGCAUAGCAUGCCCACACCUCACACAUUUCAGAGUGAGCUAUCCUUACUUCUAUAGCAUUGAGGAUAUCGAAUACAAUAAGAAUGAGGAAGCUCUAGGGAUUGCAACAAUGUUUGUGCUACGCUCCCUUCAACUCUUUGGCUGCGAGCUCACCAACGUAGGAUUGGCAAAAAUCCUAGAUAACUGUGCUCACUUGGAGCAUCUGGACAUUCGCCAUUGUUUCAAUAUCCACAUGGAUACCAGUCUGCGUGCGAAGUGUGCUAGAAUAAAGACAUUGAAGCUUCCUUAUGACUCAACUGAUGACUAUGAGUUUCAAAUUGGAAACUCAGUUCGAACACGCUCAAGGAGAACUCGGCGAGAUUAUGCAGAAAUCUUAAUGGAAUUCCCAACUUAGAGGAUUUCAGUCAUGACAAGUCUGGGGUUGAGUAUGCAGUAAGAGUACUUUGUUUUUGACACAAGGUCCAGCAUCAAGAGCUUGCGGUCUGCUUUCAAUAAGCAUCCUGAAAUCUGAAGAUUAUCAUGAUCAAUGUGAUGAUUUUUGUUUGCUCAUCAGGUGCUAAUGUGCUUCCCUGAAGUGAAGACCAUCUACAAUAUGUAGUUCAACAGUAUGAACUUGCAAUGCGUUUGUACAAUGUUUUUGUUUGAUGUUUUCAUAACCAUACAAAGUACAUCAAUCUGGACCUGAGUUGCAACAAGCACUCCCAUCUCAUUACAAACGUCUAUGGAAUGAAUGAUGGUUAUGGACAGGGUAGAGGUGUACAGUUUUUUUUUUUUUGUUAUUUGUUGAGACACGUAACUUUGGCACCUACUUUGUAAGGUUUUUAUGUUCCUGGGCAGUGUCCUACCAGUGAAGAUGGUGUCGCAUGGAAAAGGAUCAACUCCAUCUCUCUCUGUCUUGGCAUUCCAUGUAUUUGAUGUGAUAUCCUUGCUA